CUUCCAGCCAGCUUCUGUCUAUGACGCACUAAAAUGCAGUGUAGCCAGUGAUCAAGCUGUGAGGGGCCACAAUCACACACUGGGACUCGAGGCCUGCCCUUCUCCUCUCACCCUGCAGCUGGAGGCCCUGCCAGGAGCAUGAGUGUGGGGAGGAUCAACCGCUACAGCAUUGUGUCAUCCGAGGAAGAGGGUCUCCGCCUCACUACCAUGCAUGGCAUGAACGGCUUUGGCAAUGGCAAGAUCCACACCCGCCGCAAGUGCCGCAACCGCUUUGUCAAAAAGAAUGGCCAGUGCAACGUGCAGUUUUCCAACAUGGAGGAAAAGUCACAACGCUACAUGGCUGAUAUCUUCACUACAUGUGUCGAUAUUCGCUGGCGAUGGAUGCUGUUAGUCUUCACUCUGGUAUUUGUGGUCUCCUGGCUGGUCUUCGGCUUAGCCUUUUGGGUCAUCGCUUUGCUGCAUGGCGAUCUGGAUAACCCUGCCGGAGAUGACAACUUCACUCCAUGUGUCCUACAAGUCAAUGGAUUUGUGGCUGCUUUUCUCUUCUCCAUCGAAACACAGUCUACAAUAGGUUAUGGCUACCGCUGUGUGACUGAGGAGUGCCCAGUGGCUGUCUUUAUGGUGGUCUUCCAGUCCAUAGUGGGCUGCAUCAUUGACUGCUUCAUGAUUGGUGCCAUCAUGGCCAAGAUGGCGAGGCCUAAGAAGCGAGCACAAACACUGUUGUUUAGCCACAAUGCUGUCAUCGCCAUGCGGGAUGGAAAGCUGUGUCUCAUGUGGAGGGUAGGGAAUCUUCGUAAGAGCCACAUUGUAGAGGCCCAUGUCCGGGCACAGCUCAUCAAACCUCGGAUCACGGAUGAGGGAGAAUAUAUCCCUUUAGACCAGAUAGACAUUAACGUGGGCUUUGAUAAAGGCUUGGACAGGAUUUUCUUAGUUUCACCCAUCACUAUUCUCCAUGAGAUCGAUGAGGAGAGCCCUCUUUUUGGGAUCAGUAAACAGGACUUAGAGACAGCAGACUUUGAGGUUGUUGUCAUCUUGGAGGGCAUGGUUGAAGCAACCGCCAUGACCACGCAGGCUCGCAGCUCCUAUUUGGCCUCUGAGAUCCUUUGGGGUCACCGGUAUGAGCCAGUCUUGUUUGAGGAGAAGAACGUGUACAAGGUGGAUUACUCACACUUUCACAAAACAUAUGAGGUGCCGUCCACCCCCCGCUGCAGUGCCAAGGACAUGGUGGAGAACAAAUUCCUAGUCCCCAGCUCUAACUCCUUCUGCUAUGAAAAUGAGCUGGCCUUCCUCAACCGUGAUGAGGAGGAGGAGGAUGUAGUCGGUGGAGGCAGGGUAUUGUCCAAUCUCAGUCCAGACCGGAACAGCCGACAUGAGUUUGAUCGCUUACAGCCCAACAGAGCGCUGGAUCAACGGUCAUAUCGCAGAGAGUCGGAAAUAUGACAUCUACCUUCUGACCCAAGGUCCACUUUUGAUAACUUUAUCCAAGGGUAAUAAUGCCGAACAAUGCAAAGUGCCAUAGGAACUGACUACUGUGAAGAUUGGCAAAGAAAUAAGACAAUAUACAAUAUAUAUACAAUGUAAGGAACUUUACUGGAAGGAAUGGGGGAAAGCAACAGUACACAGCGUAGAAAUUGUGGUGAGGAAUGUCCACAAUCAAGGAACAACAAAAGACCUUCUUCUUUCAUGGAAACUUGAAUCUUUUUUCACAUGGUCCUUUAGAGUUAAGACUUCAAUGAGAGGGAUCAAAAACUAUUGUGACAGAUCCUUGAAAAAAUUAUAUUUAGUUGUAAAUACUUUGCUUAGGUAAGUUAUGUUUUGUGUGCAGUAUCAGUUUCCAAAUCGUCUCUUUAAAUUGUUGCUAUUUCAUCUUGUUCUUGGGCACAAAUAAUGAUGUUUCCAGGUUUUUUUUUUUAGUGUUCCUUGCAUUGCUGCAACGGCUGGACCAGUAUUCAGUUGCACAAAUUGAAAUUCAUGCACUGCAGCAUUCUGAUGCAAUGUGCCAUGAUAAAACAUCUGACCGCAAGCCACUGAAAACAACAUAAUUCAACACCCUUUUUUUUUCAUUGGGGUAAAAUCAUUGGUUAAGUCUACCAACAUAGGGAGAAUUUGCACAAUGUAGAAAUAUGUUGAACAGAAGUAAACCGGUACUGAAAACAACUAUUUAUAUAAUCUCUAAAUGCUUCAUGUUUAAACCCUCUAUUAAAAUAUUAUGAGCCACCAUCAUUAAUCCAAAAAAAGAAUUGCACUAUGAAGACUAUAAAUAAAUAUGUUGAGCAGAAUUAAACAUCAUGAUUCGUUGGCCCUGGCUUACAAACAUAAAUAGAAGCAAAGCACAAAUAGC